AGUGCCUGACACAUGGUAGGUGGUUAUAUAAAUGUUCAUUCCCUUCUCUCAAUUUACAGAUGAAGAAACACGGUCAGAAGAAAUGACUUGGUCAAGGUUCCAAGGGUCUUCUGACAACAAAACUAGUUUAUUCCAUUGGGGCAUGAAGAAAUGUGUCUACUGGGGGGGGGUAGCUUUGUGAAGUCAGUCAGUCAGCAUAUAUUAAGUGCCUACUAGUUGCUUAGCUCUCGAAAGGCAAAAGACAGUGCCUGCCCUCAAGGAGUUUACAGUCUAAUGGAGGAGACAGCAAACAAACAUCUCUGUACAAACAAGAUAUAUACAGAACAUAUUGGACAUCAACAACAGAAGGAUGAUGCUAGAACUGGUGGGGAAUGGGAAAGGCUUUUUGUAGGUGAGAUUUUAGCUAGGACUCAGAAGCAUUCCACAGAAGGGGGUAUGGGUGUGGUGGAGAAGAAGGAUCUGUUUAAAGUCUGAAAUAAGGGCCGGCAGGCUUCAGCCAGUAGAGCAAAUGGGGCCUAGAAUAUCAAAGCCUGGAAGUAACUAAAAAAUUGUUUAGAUCAACUUCCUCAUUUUAUAGAAGGAAAUUGAGGUCCAAAAUGGUGAAUGUGUGGAAGGAGAGAAACAUUUCAUUGCCACUGAGGAAGAAUGGGUGGAAAGUGAUGAGUUAAAAGUUGGAAGAAAACGAUCUUGGGGCUCCCAGGAGACCGCAAUCGUGGUAGUGGGAGAAGGGGGUUGCCAAUUCCCAGUGACAGUGGGAGACUCAGACUCUUGAAUGUGCCUGGGAGCUGAGGUUCCUGUUUACACCACGAGGUGGCGCUGUGGGACAGGUUGACCCGAGCUCAGGCACCUUUCUCGGCGACGCGGAGCUGAAGCUCCCUCGUAGACCAGGAGGUGGCGCAGCGCGGACAGGGUUCCGGUGGGGGCCGCGAGGCCGACUCUCGGGCGCUGAUCGUUGCUUGCUCUGCGCGGCGCAGCUGAAGCUCCCCCAUAAACCACGAGGGGGUGGUGCGAGGCAAGGUCCCGGUGGAGGCCCCGAGGCUGCAUUUCCCCUCCCAUCCGUCGGGCGGCGCUGCAGUGGGGGCGGCGCCUGCUCGAGGCUGUGUUGCGUGGCAGGAGCCGGAGGAGCCCCGGGAGGCGGGGAGGCUGGUGGAUGACACUUCCGGCGGCCGCUCAAGUCUAGGGGAGGAGGAGGAGGAAGCGGCGGCGGCGGCGGCUCCCCGGGAACCUCAGAAUCCUCCCCCUCUCCCUUCCCCCCCUCCCCCGUGUGCCCCGGAUUCCCCUCCCCCCUUCCCCCUUGGCGGCCGAGACCAUGGAACGCAGGUGGUGGGCCGUGCUGGUGCUGGCCACUUUGCCCAUGCCGGGAAUGGGAGGGGAAGCUCCGCAGGCUGCCCCGGAACACUGGACCGAGUUCUGGUUCGUCAGGUUCCUGUUGAACGCCGCAGGCUACGCUAGCAUCAUGGUACCUGGCUACUUUCUGGUUCAGCACUUAAAGCGAAGGAACUACCUGGAGACAGGCCGGGGCCUCUGCUUCCCUGUCAUACGGGACUGUGUUUUUGGCAAUGAGCUCAAGCCUUCAGAUGAGCCCCCAGCAGGCCCCCGAGCUGAGCUGCCAGAAACCACCAGAACUCGCCAGGUCCUCAAGCUGCUUUUCUGCGCGGGGGGACUUCAGGCAUCAUACCUGACUUGGGGUGUACUACAGGAGCGAGUAAUGACGAGAAACUAUGGGGCUACAGAUAAAAUUCCUGGAGAGCGUUUCACUGACUCCCAGUUCCUGGUGCUGAUGAACAGAGUGCUAGCUCUGACAGUGGCUGGCCUGUGUUGUGUGCUCUGCAAACAGCCCCGGCAUGGGGCACCCAUGUACCGAUAUUCCUUUGCCAGCCUCUCCAACAUCCUUAGCAGCUGGUGCCAGUAUGAGGCCCUCAAAUUUGUCAGCUUCCCCACACAGGUGCUGGCAAAGGCCUCCAAAGUGAUCCCUGUAAUGCUAAUGGGCAAACUGGUAUCCCAUCGCAGCUAUGAGCACUGGGAAUACCUCACUGCUGGCCUCAUUUCUAUUGGGGUAAGCAUGUUCCUGCUGUCCAAUGGGCCCGAGCACUAUUUUUCCCCAGCCACCACACUCUCAGGCUUUAUCCUGCUUGCUGGCUACAUCCUUUUUGACAGCUUUACCUCCAACUGGCAAGAUGCCCUAUUUGCUUACAAGAUGUCCUCAGUGCAGAUGAUGUUUGGGGUCAACCUCUUUUCUUGCCUCCUCACUGUGGGCUCACUGAUACAGCAAGGGGCUCUGGUGGAAGCAAUGAGGUUCAUGGGGCGACAUGGAGAGUUUGCUGCCCACGCCCUGUUGCUAUCCAUCUGUUCAGCCUUUGGCCAGCUCUUCAUUUUCUAUACCAUUGGGCAGUUUGGUGCUGCCACUUUCACUAUUAUCAUGACCCUUCGCCAGGCCUUUGCUAUUUUUCUGUCUUGUCUCAUUUAUGACCAUACAGUCACUGUGGUAGGGGGUCUGGGCAUGGCUGUUGUCUUUGCUGCCCUCUUCCUUCGAGUGUAUGCCAAAGGGCGCCUGAAGCAGCGGGGAAAGAAGGUACCUCCAAAUGAGGCUCCAAUACAAAAGGUCUAAGACAGGAGAAAAUGGUGUUUAAAAAGAAGUGACCCUUUAUUUUUUGGAUUUUCUUCCUUUUAUGGCUGGAGAAAGUGUUUUUUUCUAGUCACACACCAGCUCCUGCAAAUACUGGGGCCUGGGGGCAACCUCCACCUUUGCCUUAAGAAUCAUGAGUCCUGAUUUCAAGGUACUGGUUUUCUUAUGAACCCAGCCCUACCCCCUCCUAAUUCAGUAUUCAGUUGGUUAAACUGCUAUACUCCCCUGCCGACCGGUUUCUACUGUUUCCUCCACUCCCCCCCCCCCCCCCAGCGAGCCAGCUCAACCUCAUCUAGCUCUGGCUCAAAUUAAUCCCUCCUGACCUUUGAGAGCUACAUAUUCCUUCCCUGGUGAGAAAAGCACAAGGGUUCUAGAUUGCUGCUGGUCCCCAGUUGGGGGUGGGGAGGAAGGCUGCUGAAGAUGCCUCACCAAACCAGUUUAUAGAUCAUACUGGGCCAAGCCCAAGUUUUGGUACUUCAAAAUGUAACUUUUACUCAAUUAAAAAAUGCUGCGAGGGGAUGGACCCUGUGUAUGCAUUGGGACAGGGUGGGAGCAUAUGGUUAAGGGUGGGGACCAGCCUGCCAGUCAUGACAACACUGCCAAGCAGACCUGCAACUCAGUUUCCUGAAACUGUCAACAAACUUGAAUUUUGGUGGUUGUGGGUAAAUAUCUUAAAUCUUCCCAGAAGAAAUAAACUCAGGUUUCAAGUAAUAAA